AUGGCUGUUAGUGGCUUCCAGUUCGAACUGCUGAUGAGCAAGUUGGAUUACGUUCAGUUCAAACUUCAAGAAGUGGAGCAUAGUAUGAAGCACCCGUUGAGGGUGGUUGAUUUAAGUCCCCAAGAUUGGUUAAAAAUAAGUGAAAAUGAGAAAUUGGUGGAGAAAACUCACGCAGCUUUGCAGCGAACGGAGGAACGUGUGCAGGAAAUGCUCGUCAAUCUUGAGUAUGCAAUAAAGGAAAAAAUCGGAAAAGUGGAAGAAAAAUUCGAGGCAAGAACGCAUGCACUGGAAGACUUCUUACAGAAGGCAAUGAAGCAAGUGGCCCAAUGUGUGAAAGCUUCAGAGGAGAAAACCACGAUAGGUUUGCGUGAAUUAGAAAACAAGCUGACCAGUGGACUAAACAGUGUUGAGGAAAACCUUAUAGCACUGAACAUAUCCUACCAAGAAACGGUGCAAAGCGAGCUUAAGAAAGUAGCAGAAGGCAUGAAAACUGCAGAAGCUAAUACCUUGGCGAAAUUCCGUGAAUUUGAAAAAAGCUUGAUUAGUAAAAUCGAUAGUGUUGAACAAAAUCAGAUCGCGCUGAACAUAUCCUACUAUAAAAUGUCGAAGAUAGGGCUAAAGAAUGAGGCAAAAAAUAAAAAAGCAUUGGACAUUCUUAAAGUUUCGGUACAAAAUGUAACUACAGUUGCAGAAAUAAGCAAUAAGAUACUAGCAGACCACUUCACACAACCCAUUCGAUCGUGUCGACAAGUUUCAAAAAUAUCUGGCAAGUAUAGAAUGCAUGUGGAGCAUAAUUCUACAAAACCUUACGAGGUGUUCUGUGAACAAAAUAUGUUCGGUGGAGGCUGGAUAGUAAUCCAGCAUAGGUUUAACGGGUCUGAAAACUUUUACCGUAAUUGGACCGAGUACCGUAAUGGAUUCGGGAAUGUCGAAGGCGAGUUCUGGUUAGGGUUGAAUCACGUACAUCAUAUUACGAAGAAUCGAUCGCACGAACUAAUAGUCGAGGUCAAAGAUUUUCACGGAAACUACGGAUACGCAAGGUACGGAGAGUUUGCGAUCGGCAACGAAUCUGAAUCGUACACGUUGAAGAAGUUAGGAAGCUACUCGGGAACAGCAGGGGAUGCCAUUAGUUUCAACAAGGACCACAAGUUUAGUACGUUCGAUCGCAACAAUGGCCCUGGCAAAAAUUGUGCUGUAGAUCGACACGGAGCAUGGUGGUACUACGGGUGCACCAACGCCAACUUGAACGGGAAUUAUAAGAACACAACGAAUGAUCGAAGCGCGAUUGAGUGGUGGUUCUUCAAACGGGACUCGCGAGUGAAAUAUGAUGAUUUGAUAGUCGGUUUCCGUGGCGUGCUACCGGAUACGCCCGAGUCGACGGGAUCUUGCGUCUGCAAAUGCAAAUGCAACGGCGAAGAAUCUGGGGCAGCAUCUGGAGCAGCGUCGCUCCCUCAACCUGGGCGGCAACAGCUGGGCGAAGGUUGCAAACCGCACCGAAAGCUGCCCGCUGACGCAUCGCACACGCAUCGGCCGGUUUUAAUUUGCCCGCCACCGGACUCCGUCGUGAUCGGGACCAUCUGUGAUGGUUCCUAG